UGAUGAUUGUAAAUGUAUGAUAGAGAUAGGACUUUUUUUUUCUAGUGACGCCUAUUAAAUUUUUCUUUGCACGUUUGUAUCACUUUCCCGGCAACCAUGAACCUAACCUCCAAAAUUAAACAGUGUUGAUCUCUAAGCCGCAUUUACGCUUUGAAAUUCAACCAACGGUUGAUAGGCCAGUCAAUUAAAUUGAAAUCCAUGUCAUCAUGAGUUUUAAUUUCAAUCAACCAGCAGCUCCUAUCGGGGGGGCUCCAGCCGCCAAGCCUGCUGCCCCUGCGUUUGGCGUACCCUCAUCCUCCAGUGCAGCACCAACGCUGACUUUCGGAGCGUCUGCACCAGCCCCUGCAGUUGGAGUUGUCGCCCCACAAGCUCAACCGUCUUUAUUUGCUCCUCCAGGAGCAGCUGCCAAGCCAGCCAUUCAACCUGCUUCAAGUACGGCACCAUCACUGUUCGGGGCUCCUCAGGCAUCAACUGGUCUGUUUGGGGCAACGUCAUCCACUCCAUCAACCUCGUCUGGACUGUUUUCAGGACUAACUGCUGCCAAACCCACCACUCAGUUUGGUGCAACCACUGCAAUUCCCCAGUUAAAUUUUGGUGCCACAUCCUCAUUUCCGACCUUAGCACCUGCAUCCACUGCUGCCACUGGCUUUAGUCUUGGAGGCACAGCUGCUCCAACUUCAGCUCCAUCUGUUGGCUUAGGUGGAAUAGAUACAACUACAUCCUCAGGUAAAUUAACGAGUUUAUCAGGAUUAUCUGGAACUCAGACGGCCCGUCAGGAAGCGAAAUCGCCCAAGGAAACACCCAUCCCAGAUGAUAUUGCAAGAGGAGUCGAAACAUUCAGACAAUAUGUGAAAAAGCAGAAGAGCUUUAGCUCUGAAAUUGCUAGGUGUUCUUCAAAGCCACUACUUAAGGUUCAAGAAGAUACAGAUGCCAUGAAACAAGUUCUAUCAAACAACACUGCUAGUCUGCAAAGAUUGAGGUCCAUUGCUGACAAACUGAAGGCUGAUACUGCUAAGGCCUUGCAACACACAGAGAUGGCUCAGCGUACACAUGACACCCCACCUGGCCUGCAGUAUGACAAUACUGCUCCCCUUCAGUACUUUGCAGAGCUUGUCGCAGGAUUUGAAAGGGACAUAAAGUUGUUCAGGCAAGAAAUUGAAAACGCUGAACGACAUGUUCAUGCACGGGUACAAUUGACUGGUAUAUCACCUGCUGAGUUGACACAGGCAAUGAGAAGACUCUAUGACAGUUUUGUAGCCUUGGCUGGGCGGUUGCACUCAGUCCAUUCACAAGUUAAAGCUCAAAAAGAGCAGUACUUAUCACUCCGCAAAUAUAUUCUCAAUGACGCAUCUGAUGUGUUUGAUGAAGCAGCGCGCACAAGAGUAAAUAUAGAUUCUUCUAUUGGUGGGGGAAAGGGGUUUCCUCCAUCAAGGACCAUGGUAGGACCAACCCCAUUUUCAGCUCUUAAUGCACAACAUGGCUUUGGACUACUUAGUGCUGGAGCUGCAGCAUCAUCAAGACAAAACUUCCCUUCUGUUGGUCCACUAGGAUGGAGCAGCCCAGUCAAUACUCCAGGAAGUGCUCCCCUCUCUUUAACUCCCCACACUGACAAUUCACAAUUUCAGCUCCAGAAACCACCCUCAGGCAAUAAACGUGGCAAACGCUGAUUUCAGAUUGGUAACAACCAAAUAGACUUACAGGACAAUCCAGAACAUUAUCAAGGAACAAAAUUUGUCACCUCAGCAUCAUGUUGCUCUGAGCUUUUCAAUGGCCCUGUCACUCAAUAAAUUGUGCAGAUUAAGUCUUCAAUAUGAUUAACAGUAUUACUGGCAAUAGUAAUAAAGAUGCAUUUUAUUUUC